UGCAAAUUUACGCGCUUUGUUUUGUCAGCUUGGUUCUUCUUUGAAUCUUCUUUCUGGUUUAUCGAACUAUUCAAUAGGGUUUUUUGAACUACUCAUUUGGGGUAGUAAAUUAUGUUAUUUAGUGGGUUUUUCUUGCUUGUUUAUUUUUGUUAUAAAUAUUUGGCAUGAUUAUUGAUUUUACCAAAGAAACAAGAAAACCAAAAGAACCCUUUGAAAGGCUAAGAGUUAUUCUAGAGAGAAGAGAAGAUGGGUAAUUUGUUCUGUUGUGUACAAGUUGACCAGUCUACAGUAGCUAUAAAGGAGAGAUUUGGCAAGUUUGAUGAUGUACUUGAGCCAGGAUGCCAUUGCCUCCCAUGGUUUCUUGGAAGUCAGCUAGCUGGACAUCUCACUCUUCGUUUGCAGCAAUUGGACGUGCGAUGUGAGACCAAAACUAAGGACAAUGUCUUUGUCAAUGUUGUUGCAUCAAUCCAAUACCGAGCCCUUGCAGACAAAGCUAGUGAUGCAUUCUACAAACUUAGCAACACACGUUCCCAGAUACAGGCUUACGUUUUUGAUGUGAUUAGAGCUAGUGUUCCGAAGCUCAACUUGGAUGAUACUUUUGAGCAGAAAAAUGAAAUUGCUAAAGCUGUGGAGGAAGAACUCGAGAAGGCUAUGUCUGCUUAUGGCUAUGAAAUUGUGCAAACACUUAUUGUGGACAUAGAGCCAGAUGAGCAUGUGAAGCGAGCAAUGAACGAAAUAAAUGCUGCUGCAAGAAUGAGGGUGGCUGCUAAUGAGAAGGCAGAGGCAGAGAAAAUUUUGCAAAUUAAGAGGGCUGAGGGUGAGGCUGAGUCUAAGUAUCUUUCUGGGCUGGGUAUUGCUCGCCAGCGUCAAGCAAUUGUUGAUGGAUUGAGAGACAGUGUGCUGGGCUUUUCUGUUAAUGUUCCCGGGACCACUGCAAAGGACGUCAUGGACAUGGUCCUUGUCACUCAGUAUUUUGACACCAUGAAGGAAAUUGGUGCUGCUUCGAAAUCAUCUGCUGUGUUCAUUCCUCAUGGGCCAGGCGCUGUCCGUGACAUAGCCACCCAAAUUCGUGAUGGACUUCUCCAGGGUUCUCAUGCUCAGCAGCAGUAGUUUGGUACAUCUAAAGCUUCUUUCCAUGCAUGUCCAAUUGUUAAUGUCUUAUAUACAAGGGUGUUCCUUUCUUAAUCCCCAACCCCUCUUUAGUUUUCUAUGAUGUGUCCAGUGUUUUUGUUUCAUGCUACUGAAAUUUGUUCAUAUUCCCAUUAUGGAUUUUAUAGGUAUAAAUAUUAAAGGUGUGUUCAUAUUUUGUUCAUAGUGCAUUCGAUUUGCACCAA